GAGAUUAAACAAGUUGUAAUGAUAAGAUUACACUGAUAAGAGCAAUUUAGAAAUUAACUUGAAUCUUUAUAUAACCUGAUGUGAUCUUCUCCCACUUCCAUAACAAAGCACGAUGCUAACAAAAGUGGUACUCUUUGUUUCAAUUUCCGUGUGUUUUUGUGUGAAUCCACCUUUGGUGACCACCCCAUUGGGCAAAAUCCAGGGUUACAUCUCAACAUCCCAUGAUGGGCGAAAAUUUUCGGCUUUCGAAGGUAUCCCUUUUGCAAAACCCCCAGUGGGUACCCGACGAUUUGAAGAACCUGAACCUGUGGAACCAUGGCAUGGUACCUGGGACGCUAAAUACCUCACAAGUUGCACUCAAACGUCCAUGACCCAGCCGAACAUCACUGAAGGUGAUGAGGAUUGCCUACAUAUCAAUGUUUAUGUACCACGGGAGGUACCAAAUCCUGAUGAAGGGUUAGAUGUGGUGGUACAUAUCCAUGGAGGGGCUUUUAUGUAUGGUAGUGGUCAUGUGUACGCUCGCCCAGAUUUUUUAAUGGAUCGUGACUUGAUUUUUGUCACUUUCAAUUACCGUUUGGGGGUAUUAGGGUUCCUGAGUACCGAGGAUGAAGUGGUACCUGGAAAUAUGGGUUUGAAGGAUCAAGUCAUGGCUUUGAAAUGGGUUCAAAAUAAUAUUGCCAGUUUUGGUGGGAACCCAAAGAGUGUGACUUUGACUGGUCUCUCAGCUGGUGGUUCCAGUGUCCAUUUUCAUUAUUUUUCACCUUUGAGUAAGGGGUUGUUCCAUCGAGGGUUCUCUCAGAGUGGUACCGCGACUAAUUGUUGGUCUUUGCAAGAAGAUGGUUUAGCAAAAGCGAAACUGUUGGGGGGUUCUUUGGGUUGUCCUGUUGGUACCACUCGUGAGUUGGUUCAGUGUCUUAAAGAGAGACCCUCGGAACAAAUUUUGAGUAAAGUUGGGAUGUUUUUUGAGUAUUUGUUUCUACCAAUUGCACCUUUUGCACCGGUUGUGGAGAAAAAAGGGACAAAACCAUUUUUGAGUGACUUUCCUUAUAACCUCCUCAAGGCUGGGAAAGUUCAAGAUGUGCCAUGGAUUUCCUCAAAUACUGCCCACGAAGGGAUUUUUCCAGCAAUUUUUACGAAAAACGAUUUGGACAAUAUUAACAACAACUGGAAAUCUUUAGCACCCACAUUUUUUGAUUUUAUUUAUACUCUUCCUAAAACUAAACAUGAAAGUGUCUCUGAGAAAAUCCUUGAGUACUAYUUGGGCAAAAACCAGAAAUUGACCCAAGAAAAUUUUGAUAAACUUGUCAAACUGUUCAGUGAUCGAAUUUUCCUCAUUGAUGCUGAAAGUAGUACCAAACUACAAGCCAAAAGUACCAAAUCACCAGUCUUUUACUACCUCUUUACUUAUUUAGGAGAUUUGAAUCAGAUGAAAGUUGUUGGUCAUGGUGACGAUGGCAAGUACUUCUUUGGUAGUAUUUUUGUACCAAGACCUUUGACCGAAAACGAGUUGAAAAUGAAGGAUAUUAUGUUGGACAUGUUGGUCUCUUAUGCCAAAACUGGGACUCCAGUGAUGAAAGGGGCCGAAUGGAGGCCAACUCAAGGAGACCAAUUGACAUAUCUUGACAUUGGAGGGUUUGAAGAUGGGGAAAUAAAGGUCAAAACGAGUGGUGACCUCACCGGGGCUAGGGACUUUUGGAAUUCCUUAGAGUUGACAGAUACUGAAAAUUUUGGUACUACCAAAGACGAAUUGUAGAGUUGUAGAAAAAAUCAAGGAUUCGUAACGUGACAUUUAUUGUAAAACAAUGUUAUAAAUAAACCUUAAGUGAACAUCAAUAAAGCAAUAUCACUUGAUCUA